AAAAGUAUAUCAUCGUGGGAUUAUGAAGUAGCGAAAAGUUAGGGUUCCUUCUAUUACAACAUUUCCCCUCCACCUUCAGAGAAGAUGCCUAGAUAUGAUGACCACUAUGGUGCAACACGUGUUUAUGUUGGCCGCUUGUCAUCACGAACAAGGUCCCGCGAUUUGGAGGAUAUUUUCAACAGAUAUGGAAGAGUACGCGACGUGGAUAUGAAGUAUGACUAUGCCUUUAUUGAAUUUAGUGAUCCUCGGGAUGCGGAUGAUGCAGUAUAUGGUUUAAAUGGUCGGGAUAUAGAUGGAAGUCGCAUCAUUGUUGAAAUUGCUAAGGGGGGACCACGUAGUUCAGGCGGGGGAUCUCGUGAUUUGGGCAGGGGUCCUCAACCAGGUACUGGGCGCUGCUUUAAUUGUGGUCUUGAUGGGCACUGGGCUCGAGACUGCAAGGCUGGGGAUUGGAAGAACAAGUGUUACCGCUGUGGGGAUCGUGGCCAUGUUGAAAGAAAUUGCAAAAACAGUCCCAAGAAACUAAAGCGUGGGAGGAGUUAUUCCCGAUCCCCUCCUCGACGUGGGAGAAACCGAAGCCCAAGUUUAAGCAGAAGCCGUAGCUACAGCCGAUCCAGAUCACCAGCUCCAAAGAGAGAGCGAAGUGUUGAUAAGAAGAUGGAGAGAAGAAGAUCAAGGAGCCGGAGUUAUAGCAGGAGUCCUUCUCCUCCGAAGAGGAGCAAGGCAUCAUCGCCAUCACCACCAUCCAACGGUGGAAGGAAACGUAGUCCAACACCUGAAGGAAGAAGAAGCCAAUCACCUAUGAGGAGGAAGGACCGCCUUGAGAAGGAAAAUGGGUCGGGAGAUCACAGCAGAAGCCCAAGUCCAGUAGGCCGAAAGAGCCCAAGUCUAAGUCCAAGAGGGGAAAGGAGCCCAAGUCCAUAUGAAGAGAAUGGGCAUAGCCGAAGUCAUAGCCCUAUGGCUAGAAAUGAUAAAAGCCCACCUGUUUAUGAGGAUGAUGAAAACCGCGAUUCACCAAGGGGAUGAACCUAUUAAAAAAAGACAGCUGUGUUGGGAAUCUUUUUUUUCUUGUUUAUGCAGGAUUUGGGUUGUUUUGUAAGCAGCCAGCGGCGUAGAUGAUGAAUGGAUGGUAUGCAAAAUUCUUGAUAUAGUUUAUGUUUGAACUGUUUUUGACUUUGGUAUUUGGUACACUACUGAACUUCGUUUAUUGUUGAACAAAUUCACUUUCUCAACUACUCUAAUAUCGGAUUUUAUUAUAAAGUGAUUGAUGCCUAGGCCUGUUAAGUAACA